CGGGCUUGGUGGCGGGUCGGGUGCUGGGUUCGGCGGUGGGGCUGGUGCCGGUGGAGGUAUCGGAGGUGGUUUGCCCUGAAGAUGCAUGCAUGUUACCAAAUAUAUAUGAUGGAAUUUAAGAAAAAAUUCUAUUUACGUUGUACGUUUUAUAUAUCUACUCUAGUCUCUAGCUAUUUGUGUUCAAUGUUCAUCGUUAUGUUUGUUCAAGGCUACGUAUAACGUUGUAUACCAUAUAUCGUAGCCAUUAUAUUCAAAGAAAGUAAACCUACUCUUAAUCAUCGAGAG